UUUUAACCUCUUCAUCGGAACACAAACAAAUAACCUUAUCACCAAAUUGGUAGGUUGACGUGGUUUAUGUUUUUGAUAUAUUCGUUUUCAUGAACAGUAUACAAAAAAUGAGGAGUUGAAUACUCGGUUAAUUAAAUAUUGUGAUUUUGCCAUUUAUUAAAGAAUGAAGGCUGUUAAAUUGUAUCUCGGUGUGGCAAUUUAUCUUCUCGUAGUGGUUAGUUUAAGUGCACAUUCCCAUAGUCAUUCACAUCAGGACGACCAUCAUGACCACCACCAUGAUGAAUCUCCAUCCUUUAAGUAUUCAAGAGCGGCUAACGAAAAACCUUCUCAGCAUCAUGCCGAAAAGAAGAUCGUUUCAACUCCAAACAUUUGGUUGUACGCCAUGGGUUCGACAUUAUUCAUAAGUGCAGCGCCUGUGCUAAUUCUACUAGUAGUUCCUUUAGAUAAUACAGACCAAAGCCAACCGUUACUUAAAAUUUUAUUAGCGUUUGCGUCUGGUGGCUUGUUGGGUGAUGCGUUUUUACAUUUGAUACCUCAUGCUAAUAUGGCAAUAGAAAGCAGUAAAGGUAGCCAUUCACACUCUCACAGUCACGGAGGAGGCGAACACGAAGGUGGACAUGACAUGUCGGUCGGUUUAGGUGUUCUGCUUGGGAUUGUCGUAUUUUUGGUGGUAGAAAAAGGGGUGCGCUUCGUUAAAGGUGGCCAUGGUCAUUCACAUACCGAGGUAAAACAGAAAGCAUCAGAUGGUGACACUUCCGGUGAUGAGAAGAAGGACGAAGUUAAGGAAGUGCUAAGUUCGAAGGAUAACGAAAUUAAAGUGGCGGGUUAUUUAAAUUUGGCCGCAGAUUUUAGUCAUAAUUUUACUGAUGGUCUGGCAAUCGGUGCUUCGUAUAUUGCGGGACAGAGCGUUGGAAUUCUUACGACUAUUACGAUUUUAUUGCACGAGGUACCACACGAGAUUGGAGACUUUGCGAUUUUAGUUCAAUCGGGAGUUUCGCGCAAGAAUGCCAUGCUUCUACAGCUUUCAACUGCGAUCGGCGCACUUGCCGGUACUGCUCUGUCUUUAUUGGCACAAGACAGUUACGACAUGUUCGCAGCUCAUUGGGUUCUUCCUUUCACUGCGGGCGGUUUUAUUUAUAUUGCUCUGGUGUCCGUAAUUCCAGAAUUGCUGGAAGAAGAAAAACCUAGUCUUUUACAAACAUUUUUGCAAUUGCUAGCUAUGUUAUGCGGUGUGUAUAUGAUGGUGAAGAUUGCAGAAUAUGAAUAAUCCUAGAUCAACGUAAUUUACAAUUUUAUUAUAGCAUAUUAUAGCUAAAGUGAAAAGCAUGUACAAUUAAAAUAUUUUCUUAAA